AUGGCGUCUUCUGAAGCCAGCGUCGAUGUGGUUCAAGAAGGAACCGAGCACAGCGCCCGUGUGGCCGCUUGGCUCCAAGUUGCCGUCUGCUUUGACCUCGUCACCUUUUUCCUAGCCAUGACUAUCAACGGAAUCCUUCUGAAUCUCAUCAAAACCGAGUCGCCGAAACAUUUCGGAAAUUAUGUGUAUUUGAUGAUGUCAUUCGCAAUCAACAGCCUCAUUUUCGCGGCAAUUCAUGCGUUCAUUCAGCCGGUGAGUUCAUCUUUACGAAAGACGUUUUACCCGCGUGACAUGGCUCAGAAUAGAUAAAACAAGUAGCAAAAGAAAAUAAGGCUUCCUACAGUUUUUUUAAAGGCGCAUGGAACAUUUUGUGCUGACAGGUCUCGACCAGACUGGCUAAAAGCCUCAUUUCCUGGGGUGGAACGGUUGCAAAAGGCAAAUUUUCAGUUUUUUCAAGAUAGUUCGGACAGUUUUCAAGGUAUCAUCACGAAAAUCACCAAACACACGUAACUUUGUGCCCUGAAUCCGAUUUUGAAGUCGCCGGAUCGUAAAAAUUUUCGAGCGCCACGUGGCAGUGCCAAACGGGGGUGGCCUUAUAAACUUGCACCGCACUGUAUAAUUGCUGUGGCUCUUCGAAAGUUCGUUAGAUUUCACAAAAGAAUAACAACAAUUCAGUUCCUUGUCUCCUCAAACUGUGUAUAAUUGAACGAAAACAGAUAAUCUCAACGGAGAAGUAUGUCGUGUUUGUGUUCACUUCCACCAAUUACCUGGAGCUACCGAGAACGUUCAUGCGAGGACUUUUGGGUAUGUACCUAAAUGUUCAACUGGCCAUUCAUUCUGAAUUUCAGCCAUCUACGGCACGUCCUACAGCCAGACGCUCGUCUUCAUCGCCGUUCAGUUCGUCUACAGAUGUUUUUCGAUAUCGAGACGAAAAUAUUUGCACUAUUUCAAAGGGAAAUGGCUCGCCGUCUGGUACAUACUCGUUGCGACGUGCGGCCUCGAUUGGGGCCUUUGCAUCUUUUUCAUUGCCAAAGACACCCGCGAAAUCGAUCGAAUACUUCGGUAAGUGUGUAGAGAAACCCGUUGCCCAACUUUCCAAUACUCGUUAAGGCCGGUGAUGCUCUCAACUUUCAAUUUGAACAUGUCCGACGUGUAUUACGUGGCAGCCAGCUAUGAGACGGAUGGCGGAAAAUCGUUGAACUUGGCCGUGAUAUUGAUGGUCAUCAAUUUCGCGUUUCUUUUGGUAAGCAUUUAGAAAAUGACAGUGUUCAAGUGACCUAGCGACUUACCACUAAUUCUGCUUUUCAGGGCGUCUCGAUGGCAGUGAUAGUACUGUGCGUGUACUUUAUCAACAACAGAAUGCAACGCGUCUCGUAUUCGAAAGUCUACGAAGCUCUCCAGAAACAACUAUUCCGCGCCCUGAUGUCUCAGAUGGUGAUCCCAAUGAUCCUCAUCUACCUGCCCAUCAUCUGCGUCCUCAUCCUUCCGAUCUUCCACGUCAAAAACGACGCGUCGAUCUCGCUGACCUCGAUCCUUGUCUCCAUGUACCCCGUCCUGGACCCAUUCGCUGUCAUCAUGAUAAUAUCGGUCUACCGUGAGGGCUUCUACAGCAUGUUCUCCUCGAAACCGCGCAAUCGAGUGGCCCACUUUGAAAAGAGCUUUUAG